AUGAUCCGAGCCGCAGAAGGCGACACUGCCGAGGCGGCUGAGAAAGAUAUAGUGCCCGAGGUGGAACCGGGUGAAAUUAUCCCCGAGGUGUCCGCGGACGGCUCGGUGGCGCGGAGUAAGACUCCUUCGCAAUCCGCCAUCCUGGCCCUCCCGAAGUCGAUGAGGCCACCGACUUCGGUCGUCCAGAAGCAUGACUCUAGCCGAAAACGUUCGGCUACUGACAAGGGGAAAGGCGUCGCUGUCCAGAAGGACGAUCCGUCCAAAAAGAGGCGGAAACCGACGCCCGGGGACCCCGCCGCGCGUAAAUUGGUUGUUGACGACCCCGACGCUUCUGCCGUCAUGUUCUCGCGUGUAAAUAACGCGAACACGCGUCUUCCUCCUCCGGAGAAGCUGAGGAGGCCGAGGUCAUACGGCGCGAUGGCACAGCGUGGUACCAAGUUUGUCGCGGCCAUUAAUGACCUGAUGGCCGAGUAUGAGGCGGACCUGUCUAAGGUCGAACGUCGCUUGGACGAGGCCCGAAAUGAGACCGCGGCGUCAAAGGUGAAGCUGGAAGAGGCGCAAAACGAAGCCGCGGCAGCGAAGGGGAAACUCACCAAGGCGAUGACCCGAGUGUCGAGGUUGGAAGAGGAGAAGAUAGUUCUUCGAGCAGACAUUAACAAAGUUUCCGCCUCGGUGAUUCGCCUGGAGGAAGCAAGGAGAGCCAAAAGCGCCGAGGUGGCGUUGCUUAAAAGGCGUAUCGAGGCCAAGGACGUGCUGUUCGAAGCCAAGGUCAAACGCGCGAAGAAGGAGGCGAGGCGUGAGCUGACGGCGAAGUUUCAGGAACGCCUUGCCAAGGUGGAGGAGGGUUUGAUCAAGCUCGAGAAGGCCAAAAAUGAUGAGAACGAUCUGGGACAGAUCAAGAGCAAUCUUGCGAUGAUUGCCGACCUGAAGAAGCCGGACGCCCCGACGCUUGACGAUGAGGAGGCGAAGCUGAAAAGCUGGGAGAGUGAGUAUGCCGACGACGAGGCGUACGAGCGUAUUGCUUCCGAGAUUCGGGGCGAACUGUAUUACUCUCCCGUAUCGCCAGACUCGGUCGACACCACCCUCGGCAACGAGCCGCUCGAAGAAACAGCGGCCAAUUUAGGCGUUGUGGACCCGAACGGCUCGAACGCGGGUACGCCGAUUCCCUCGAACCUUCUCGCCGAUCGAGAAUUGCAGUCCGCGGCAUGA